AUGAUCAAUAAAACCACUUAAUUCAAAUCUCUAUUUCAUAGCAACUCAACUUCAUUUUGGGAUACAUGUAAAGUGGAGCACUUUAAUAAUGUGAGCUUAGAAGGAAUGUUUUAAGCAAAAAUAGGCGAAUAAUUGAGUAACGUAAUUGUAAAGGUGAAACUCUCAUACUUGAUCAUAAUCUAGAGAGAUGUACAAAUUAUAUUAUGAAACAGAAAUAACUUAUUGCCAAUAUCGAAAAUGCUAUAAUUUACUUAAUUAGAGAUGGUUGUAAUGAUGUUGGAGUAAGAAUACUAAAGGGAAUGGCACAAUUGGAACUAUAUGGAGACGUAAUUGAGCUUUUUAAAGUGUUGAAGAAAUAAUGCAUUUAAAUAGACUUUGUAUUAAAAUAUAAAGUGAGAAAAUUGAUGGCCAAUGGCGCUUUUGCAAAUGUAAGUGAUAUUAUAAUAAAUGUUAGGUGUUUUUGGCAGAAAAUGCUCAAACCACUGAAUUGUUUGCUAUCAAAUGUUUUGAUAAGAAUCAAAUUUUCAAAAGCUAAAAACAUUUAUAAUCUCUCGAAAAGGAACUUAAAAUUCUCAGAUUGAUGAAACAUAAACAAGUAAUGACUUUAAUUGAGACAUUUGAAACUGUGAGUUAUGUUUUUGUAGUGCAGGAGUAUUUGAGGGGAGGAGACUUACAUGAGUACAUUGCAAAAGUGGGUCAUUUGUCCGAAAGGAAAGUGCAUUCUGUGAUAUCUCAAUUAGUGAGUGGGCUGGACUUCAUUCAUUCUUAAGGAGUCAUACAUAGAGACAUAAAACCAGAGAAUAUCAUAUUGAGAAAUCAAGAUAAUGUUGAAGAUUUAGUUAUUUCUGAUUUUGGAUUGGCAGAUUUUUAUAGUUUUGAUGGCAAUUACUUGUAUAAAUAAUGCGGAACACCUGGAUAUGCAGCUCCGGAAAUUUUGGUGGGUUAGCCAUAUGAUUAUAAGGUAGAUGUAUACAGUUUGGGAGUGCUUUUUUAUACUCUUAUAACUGGAAGAAGACCUUUUUAGGGGAAGAACACUGAUCAAAUAUUUCAAAUGAAUGAGCAGGGGGAGAUCAACUUUCAGAAUAUCCGUAUUAAAGCUGAAGGACUGCAUUUGCUUAAGAGAAUGCUGGAAUUUCGGCCAGAACAUCGUUAUUCGUUAGGAAUGAUUAAAUAACAUGUCUGGUUGUGCAGAAUCAAUUAUCAGAGCCAUUCAAGUUUGCAAUAAAUAAAUGUGCCUGAAAUUACAAAGGAUGGAGGAAGUACUACUCCCAGGAUACUUAUGACUAAAACCUGUUUGGGAAAGUAAGUUCUCAUGACUGAGCAAGACUAGAACACAGAAAGAAAGCAUUAGCGAUAACAUGGAGGCAGAUACAAUUAUUCGAUUGGAAAUUUUACAAAUUUGUAAGGAAAUAUAUCUUGAUUUACGAAUUCUUUUUUUAUUUUGUGAUAUUUGUUAUUUUUAAACAUUGCAAAUCAUACUUGAGUAUAAUUAUUAUUAUUUAUUAAUGUCAACAGGUUAUGAACGUAUUGAUCAAGAAACUCUUAGAAGAGAUGAUUAACUAAAUGGAUUAUUAUAGAGAAUCAGAGAGGAUGUGAUGAAAGGCUAUAUUGUAGAGGUCAAAACUAGAGCCAAUACCCAGAAUCAAGUAAGGAAAUUGGUCAAAUUAGUUAGACAACAACUCUAAAUAAAGUUCUAGAUUAUCGUCAAUGAGUAAUUCGAUAGUUAAACAGCCAAUGAUUCAAUAAAAUGAUUAAGUUAAAGAUCUAAAUGAAAUCGUUCUUGCUUCAUAACGGGAUCAAUAAUAAAUUUCAAAGAUUUCUAAAACAUUCAGCGCCUCUCCUCCUAAAGUCAGAAGUGAGAUAGUUAAACCUGUUGUAAUGAAUUUUGAAUUAUCUCCGGAUUAAACCUAUAAUACGAUUCCAAUCAAGGAGGAACUUUAAACUCCUAAAACCAUUUCUCAAUAAUUGGAUGAAAUAGAAAAAUAAGCAAAUUCUGGUGAUUUUCAAACCUAUAUUAAAAGUUUAAAGUCAAUACAUUCUUAGCUCUAAAAAGAGAUAAUAGAAAAUGAUCAUGAUUGCAAUUAUAUGCUCACCUAAGCAGUAUAGACUGUUAGAACUAUGUGUUUAUUGACAAAAUUUUAUAAAUAAUUAGGAGAUUUCAAGAACGCUAUUAAAUAGUUAAAAUCCAUUCAGAAACAAUUCAAGAUUUUAGAACCAAAUUUAGUAGGAAAAAUUCUCGUUGAAUUAGGAAAAUUACACUUUCUCAAUCAAACCUAUUAAACUGCUCAAUCCACAUUUUAUGAAGCUCUCAAACAUUAUGAAAAGUUGGAAUGGAAGUCUGAUAUAGCUCACAUUUUGCUUUGGAUGGCUAGAUUGCAUGCUUGGACAAGUAAUUCAGAAUUUAUAUUUAGGGAAUUUCGAUCUCUCAAAAAAAUUAAUUUAUGGUGCAAUAGCCAUUCUUAAGGAAUUCCUUCCAGAAGAUCACGAAUCAAUAGCUGAAGCCUAUGUUGCUUUAGGAGAAUGCAGUUAUAUUUAAAAACAUACAGAUGAAGCUAUUGAAUUUCUGAUGAAGGCAGUCAACAUCAAACAUAAAAUCUAUAAGGACUAUAAGAAUCUCAAUUUUGUUGAAGCAUUCAAUCUUUUGGGACUGACAUAUGGAUUAGUACCAGAUGUUUAAUAAUCACUCAAUUACUUUAUAUAAGCAUUAUAAUGUUUUCAGUAAAUAUCCAAUCCUAAUUAGAUACAACUGUGUUCAAAGAGCUUAAAUACUUAAUAAUAUAGCAGUUGUCUAUUAAGCAUAAGGAGAUGUAGAUAAAGCUAGCAAAUGCCAUUUCAGGGCCAAAGAAAUUUACUCCACUUUUUUACCAAAUUAGCAUAGUUAGAUGUAAAGAUUAAUUUUAAAUUAAACUUGUCUAUCUCCCCCUAUGUGA